UUCAUUUCACCACCUUCUAUGCUUUUCUACCCUCUUCUUUCUCCCUCUCUGUUUUCCCUUCGAAUCGUGCAAAAACCCUAAACCUCGAAUCUUCACCGUUAGAUGAUACCUCGGAUCACCCGGAGCCGUUCGAUCUGUGGCCUUGCCUGAUGAACCGCAAGGGCCACGGUUGUAUCUCCGGCGAACUCUCCCAGCAGGUGUUAUCCCCGAGGAGCAUGAUUUCCGGCAAAGGUCUAGCGAAGUCGAGGCUCGUGCGCAUCUCCUUCGUGGAUCCGGAAGCUACGGACUCGUCCUCCAGCGACGACGAGGGUCGAGUCUUCCCCCCGAGGCGGAGAGUGAAGAGAUGUGUGCACGAGAUCGGGAUCCAGGCCUCUGUCCCCUCAGAACCGCGGCGGCGGCCGGUGUCAAAGAGGGUUCCGACGAGGCCGGUCGAGAAAAAAAGGUUCCGUGGGGUCCGUCGGAGGCCGUGGGGACGGUGGGCGGCAGAGAUCCGGGAUCCGUACCAGCGAAAACGAGUCUGGCUCGGGACUUUCGACACCGCCGAGGAAGCCGCUGUCGUUUACGAUAGCGCUGCCUUGAGGCUCAAGGGUGAUAAGGCGAUCACCAACUUCCCCACCUCGAAGGCAGUAACGCCGGCGACGAUGACGACGACGACGACGACAACAACAACAACGGCGGAGAGCAUAGUGAACCUAAUCAACGAGGAUGUGUCCUUACUGUUCACAUCGCCGACGUCGGUGCUCCGGAGCGGCGGCGAUCAGGCGCCGUUCGAUUAUCUGGCGUUCGGAGACGUGGAUGCUUUCGGGCUGAGCUUGGAUGAAGAAGAUAUGCUGAUGCCGUUAAGUUUGACGAACUUUGGGUGGCCCAAAUCACAGUGCUGGGGCGAGGUCGAGUUCAGCGAGUUCGAUGCCGCCGAUUUUUCGCUGGAAGUCGUUACCUUCUGAGACGAAAAGACGUGAAUACCCUCGACUCUUGUUUUUUGUUUUCUCGGUCGUUUUUCCGCCUAGUGGUAAGGCGGGGUUUUGGGUUUACCGGUGAGUGUGAGUGGCGGGAUCUUUACAUCAUUAUUAUUAUUAUUAUUAUUAUUAUUAUUAUUAUUAUUAUGUGUUAAAAUUAUUAUUAUAAUAAUAGGGGUUAUAUUUAUUGGUUUAUUUUAAAAAAAAAUGGGCGGAAAAGAGAAAUCUUGGGGAGAGGGUACUUUUGGGUAAUGAGUGGGGAUUAAUAAGGGCGGGGUAUAAGAGAGCUUUCCGUAAGCUCCAAGGCUUUGGCGUGGAAAAAAUGUUUUGAGAUUUCUUUCUUUUAUUUUUAUUUUGUAUUUGUUUUCCUUUUUUUUUUUUCCCUUUUGAUGGGAAAAUUAAAUAUGUAAUCUAGCCCAUGUAAGACAAUAAAUAAUAUCAUGUGGAAGUUUGAUAUUAAAUAAAAAAAGAAAUAUUAAAAAAUAAAAAUAAAGUUGGGGGGAUCUGUUGAAAUGGCGUUUACUGUGAUUUUUUUGUUUGAAAGAUAUUGCCACGUGGCAGAUGAUGGAAGGGAGAAAGGUCUGGACUAUGGCGGGUGAUGUAGGCAUGAAGAUAAUAUAUAUCAUAAAA